AGCUGCUGUUUGUCUGAGGAAUCGGCUGCUGCCCAGACCUGUCCGUGCUGGGCUGUGGGCUGGCCUAGGCCCACGGAGAUGUGUCUGUCCAGCCCACCCACAGACAAUCAGUUACCGAUGGGAUUGGUCAGAGAGAGGCGUCUGGAAGCAGCCCGUGCCCGUACUGGCCCACGAUCAAUACCCCCAUCAGGCAAAUGACGCCCGCUCGCCUCCAGUGUCCCUCAUCUGGGGAGGAGCUAAUGAAGCAGCCAGCUCGCUGCUGAAGCCAAUGUUCUCUCGCAGCCGCGGCUCCUGCUUUCAAACCCUGACCCUGUUAGUCGAACCGUUCCCCUCUUAUUAAUCUCCCUCCUCCGUCGCUGUAAUUAAUUCCCCAUCUUCCCUGCUUUUAUUUGGUUCCCUCUUAGCCAGGCUGCACUCACACUCCUCCUCCUGGCUGCUUUCCUAAGGCCGGGGUUCCUCCGCCCCCGAUUAGCUACCUCGCCCUCCCGUCCCCAGCACCUCCCUUCACCUUGGCACCGGCCCAGCUUGUCCCCACGCUCUCAGAGCUGACCCUGCAGCAGCCACCUGUCUGGUUCCUGCUUCUCGACUCCUCCUCUGGCCCUUAAAGGGCCAGAAACAGGUUUUCCCAGCCAAAAAUACCUGCGGCUGGGGUGUACCGGAAAGGUGUGUGGUUAGUUUUUUGUUUGUUUUUAUAACCACGCUACUGCGUCCGGCCCAGCUUCGCCGGUGCAGGUGCUGGCUGGAGAACUCUUCUUGUUGUGGCUUGUAGGAGCAAGCCGGGCUGGGCCGGGGUGCGCCGUGCGGCGGGGGACUCUCGGUGUGGCUGUGGAAGGUAAACGUGGCUCUGAAAGGAGUCGGGGGGAAGGUCACUUUCUCGGUUGAUCACUAGUGAAUGUGACCUGUUCCCCAGUUAGCAGCAUGGAUGGGGCGGAGGAGUCUGCCGAAGCAGUAGCAAGCAGGAGGCUCCCGCGUGCAAGAUGAGUUGCCUGCUGCUGAAAUUUCCCCGCGUUGGUGAAUCAGACGCUGUCGUUAUCCUGCACUGACGGGGAGCAGCCCGCGGGGCUCCUCUGGCCUGGAAGCGUUGCAGCGAACGCCACGGAGAGUGAUGAAAUCACCGGUCUCUCUUUUGACACUCAGGGCCUGGCCUGCUGCUCCUUGCAAGGCCGUGGCCUCGGUGCAGCCCUCCAGGAACGGCUGCUGCUGGGUUCAGCCCUGCUGUGUUUCAACCCAUGCAUCGUAACUCGAAAUGGAAACGAACAACCAUUUUAACUUCCCUGGCCUCCCCUCUGUCCCCACUGCCUCAGGACUGAAGCCCGCCCCUUCCUCGGGGGACAGCCUCUACACUAACGGGUCUCCUAUCAACUUCCCCCCGCAAGGGAAAGGCCUGAAUGGCGACAUGAAUGGGAAUGGCUUAUCUACUGUAUCUCACGCUAGUACUUCGGGGACCUUCACCUCUGCCGGGCACUCCCCCGACGCCUCCGCCCUCCCCCACCCGUACGACUAUCUCUGGAAUUACCCGCCAUACCAGCCCAGCGGCCUGAAGGAGACCCCUGCUGUCUCCCAGUUCUCCGGCCUCGGACAGUACCCGCUCAACGGCAUCCUUGGUGGCACCCGGCCGGUGUCCCCGGGGCACAACACUAACCCCAGGGCAGGGCAGGAGUUCUGGGCCAAUGGCACCUCCAGCUCCAUGGGGCUGAGCUUUGAUUCGCAGGAGCUGUACGACUCCUUCCAGGAUCAGAGCUUUGAGCUCGUGCCAAACGGCGCCAGCGGUUUCUACACGGCCGCCCAGCCCUCCCCCAUGCUGGGCUCCGGCGCCCAGCCUUUCUCGCCACCUCCGGGCCCACAGGACGAACCAGGCACCGGCCAGGAGGGGUCCUUGGCGGCAAAGGAGAUGUCGCCUGCCAGCGAGGAGACCGGCGCCGCUCUGAUAGGCAGCAAGGAACUGGAGGAGACGCAGCCGGACCUGAAAAUGUGCAGCUACAGCAGCUCCGGGCCGGCCGUGGAGCUGCUCAGCCAGGAAGCUUCCGUCUUGUCCCCGGACACUGCUGGGAGCUGCCUGGGCAAUGCCUCUGCUCUCGCCGGUCCCCUGGCAGACCCUCCUCUCCUGAGCGAAGACCCACUGGAGCCCUUCGAGUCGCUGGCUAGAGACCCAGGGACCGGAGAUCUCUAUGAGAUGGACAACUCCCAGUUGGUGAACGACAAGUCUUCUCUGGAGGCUGCCCCGGACAUCUCAACCCUCGAGUGCUCUGAGAGCCCCUCCCUGAACAACUCCAGCUCCUUCAGCCUGCUACCGGACGACAGCCAGGCCCCUGCCUCGCUCUUCGUCAGCCCCGACUCGCCGCCUGUCCUGAGGGAGGCCGUCCUGCAAGACAGCAGCUUGGACCUGCAGGACGGGGGCGACCCAGGGGAGGAGGAAUCAGAGGCUCUGGAGUGCAGCCCCCUGCCGGGGCCAGAGUCCCCCUGUCUGGAGGAGGAGGAGGAAGUGGCUGAGGACAGCUGCCUGGAGGCUCCGGCCGCCCUGCACAGUGCAUUAGCAAGGGGUGAAGUCCCCCGCAGACGGAUCGCCACGGCGGAGGAGGUUCGCUUCCCCCUGCAGCACGGGUGGAGGAGGGAAGUGCGAAUCAAGAAGGGCAGCCACCGCUGGCAGGGGGAGACGUGGUACUACGGGCCCUGCGGCAAAAGAAUGAAGCAGUUCCCGGAGGUGAUCAAGUACCUGAGCCGGAACAUGGUGCAGAGCGUCCGGCGCGAACACUUCAGCUUCAGCCCCCGCAUGCCCGUUGGAGACUUCUACGAGGAGCGAGACACGCCACAGGGUUUACAGUGGGUGAAGCUGACCCAGGAGGAAAUCCCCUCACGCAUCCAGGCCAUCACGGGCAAGCGCGGGCGCCCCCGCAACGCGGAAAAGGAGACGGCCAAGGCCAAGGAGGCGCCCAAGGUGAAGCGGGGCCGGGGCCGGCCCCCCAAGGCCAAGAUGGCCGACUUGCUGAGUAAGACCGACGCCAGGCUCCUGAAGAAACUGGAAGCCCAAGAGGUGCUCAGCGAUGAAGACAGGCUGAAGAUGAGCAAGAUCAAGAAGAAGAUGAGGCGAAAGGCAAGGAACAAACAGAAGCAGGAGGCCAAAGUGCCCAAGCCCAAGGAGGCCAAGAAGAAAGCCAAGGCAAAGAAGGAGAAGGGGCGGCCGGAGAAGGCCAAGGAGAAGGGGCGGCCCAAGGAGAAGGGGCGGCCCAAGGAGAAGGCUAAGGCUGUGCGGAAGGUGGACAAGAACCUACUGGCCCAGCGGCGGCUGGAGGAGCGGCGCCGGCAGCAGAUUAUUUUAGAGGAGAUGAAGAAGCCCACCGAGGACAUGUGCCUGGGCGACCAUCAGCCCCUGCCGCCAUUCUCCCGCAUCCCCGGCCUGGUCCUGCCCAGCGGGGCCUUCUCCGACUGCCUCACCAUCGUGGAGUUCCUGCACAGCUACGGCCGGGUCCUGGGCUUCGAGGUCCCCCGGGACGUCCCCAGCCUCUGCACCCUGCAGGAGGGGCUGUUCGGCAUGGACGACAGUCUCGGUGAGGUGCAGGACCUGCUGGUGCGGCUCCUGCGGGCUGCACUCUAUGACCCUGGCCUCCCUUCCUACUGCCAGUCCCUGAAGAUCCUCGGGGAGAAGGUGUCCGAGAUCAGCCUGAACCGGGACACCGUCUCCGAGAUCCUGCGCUGCUUCCUCAUGGCCUACGGGGCCGAUGCCGACCUGUGCCACGGGCUGCGGACCAAGCCCUUCCAGGCGCUGCCCCCGGACCGCAAGGCGGCCAUCCUGGCCUUCCUGGUCAACGAGCUCAACGGCAGCGCCCUCAUCAUCAAUGAAAUCGACAAGACUCUGGAGAACAUGUCCAACUACAGGAGGAACAAAUGGAUCAUCGAGGGCAAGCUGCGCAGGUUGAAAAUCGCCCUGGCCAAGAGGACGGGCCGCCCGGAGUCCGAGAUCACGGGCCUGGAUGAGGGGCCCAGGCGGCGCAGCUCCCGGAUCACAGAGGAGAACAGUGGUUUGGAGGCAGAGGAGGAAGAGAGCCGGGGCCGGAAAUCCCGCAAGGAUGAGGAGACCAGCAUUCCUGCAUCCAGCGUCCCCGAGCUGGAGAGACAGAUCGAGAAGCUAGCCAAGAGGCAGAUGUUCUUCCGGAAGAAGCUGCUCCACGCUUCACAGACGCUGCGGGCCACGGCGCUGGGCCAGGACCGCUACCGCAGGCGGUACUGGGUUCUGCCCCACCUGGGCGGGAUCUUCGUGGAGGGCUCUGAGGCAGCUGCGGAGGGGGGGCCCAAGGACAUGGAGGAGGAGGAGGAGGAGGAAAAAGAGGCUGCUCCGGAGAUCUCCCCUGUGAAGAAAGAACCGGUCGAGCUGCCCAUCCCCAACCGGCUGAAGUGCACGGCCUCCCGGGCACGGGGCCGGCCGCGGAAAAGCAAAGAGGAGCUGGCCCGGCCAGGCAGGCCCAAGCCCCCACCGCUCAACGGGCUCCUGGAGGACUCGAUGCCCCCCUGCCAGAGCCAGCACGAUCUGAGCCAGUCAGCCUUCCUGUCCUGGCUGAGCCAGACGCAGUCAUCCCUGCUCAACAGCUCGGUCCUCACCCCGGACAGCAGCCCCGGGAAGGGGGAUCCCAGUCCCCCUGCCCCCGAGGCGCCCGCCCUGGAGGAGAGCUUCCCAGAGACAAUGGAGAAACAGGGGCCCUGGUUCAACCUGCUGCCCAGGACGCCCUGCCAUGCCUCUCCCACCCUCACCACCUCCUCAGAGGAACCCCCUGCUAGAGCCGCCCUCCAACCUCGCAGCCCCGGGGACCAGCCCAAGGCUAUGGGCAGGCAGCCGAAUGGCCCCACAUCUCCCCCCCUCGCUUCCACGCCCAUCCACGCCAGCCCCAGGGUGCCCAGUGCGUGCCCCAGGGGCCGGGGCGGACCUGAGAAGGCCCAGGAGCCGCCGGGGCAGCCCAAGCGCCGGGGCCGGCCCCCCACCAAGUUCUUCAAGCAGAUUGAGCAGAAGUAUCUCACCCAGCUGAUGGCUCAGCCCGUGCCCCCAGAGAUGCAGAGCGGCUGGUGGUGGCUUAAGGACGCGGAGGAGCUGGAGGCCGUGGUCCGAGCGCUGCACCCGCGGGGGAUCCGCGAGAAGGCCCUGCACAAGCACCUCACCAAGCACAAGGAGUAUCUGCAGGAGGUCUGCACCCGCGCCACUGCCGAUCCCAUCUUCCAGCCCCAGGCCACCGGCCACCCCGUGUCUCAGGAAGCUUUGGCCCGGUGGUCCGUGACGGAGCGGGCCUACGAGAUGGACCUUGCCCUCCUGCAGUGGGUGGAAGAGCUGGAGCAGCGGGUCCUGAUGGCGGAUCUGCAGAUCCGGGGCUGGACGUGUCCGAGCCCCGACUCGGCACGGGACGACCUACGGUACUGCGAGCACAAAGUGGGCGUCCUGGAGGAGAUCACCCUCAAGAACCGGCGGGAGGGGCUGCCCCCCUCCCGGGAGGCCACCAACCCCCUGGACCUGGCCGUCCUGCGGCUGGCGGCGCUGGAGCAGAAUAUGGAGCGCCGGUACCUGAAGGAGCCGCUGUGGGCGCCGCACGAGGUGGUGGUGGAGAAGGCCGUGCUGAGCAGCCCUGAGGCACUGGACCUGGGCAGCACGGAGAUUGCCUACGAGAUCACUCCCCGGAUGCGGACGUGGCGCCAGACCCUGGAGCGGUGCCGGAGCGCGGCCCAGGUCUCCCUGUGUAUCUACCAGCUGGAGAAAUCCAUUGCCUGGGAGAAGUCAGUCAACAAAGUGACGUGUCUGGUGUGCCGGAAGGGGGAUGACGACGAACACCUGCUGCUGUGUGAUGGCUGCGACCGUGGCUGCCACCUCUACUGCCAUCGGCCCAGGAUGACGGAGGUGCCGGACGGGGACUGGUUCUGCUCUGUCUGCAUCUCCCAGGCGGGAGGCGAGUAUUACGAGGACCCCAGUUCACCCAGGCGAGGCAAGAAGCGGAAAGGCGGGCGUCUCUUCGGGGGGGGCUUCCCAGAGGAGGAGGAGAGCCCCGGGCGCCGGGUUCUGCCGCGGAGGCGUGACACCCUGUCGGUGCCCCGCUACUCAGGGGAGGGCCUGUCCCCCUCCAAGCGGAGGAGACUGUCCCCACGUGGCCAGAGCAGCGACCUGACCUUCUGCGAGAUCAUCCUGAUGGAGAUGGAGUCUCAGGAGGACGCCUGGCCCUUCCUGGAGCCCGUCAACCCCCGGCUGGUGCCCGGCUACAGGAAAAUCAUCAAGAACCCCAUGGACUUUGCCACCAUGCGGACGCGGCUCCUGCGGGGCGAGUAUGUGAGCUGUGAGGAAUUCGCCACUGAUGCCACGCUGGUGUUCGACAACUGCCAGACCUUCAACGAGGACGACUCGGAGGUGGGCAAGGCCGGGCGUGCCAUGCGGAGAUUCUUCGAGAGCCGGUGGGAGGAAUUUUAUCAGGGAAAACACGCUCCUAACCCGUGAAGCGGGAGCCCAGGGGUGGGGUUGGGGACUGUGCCCCCCGCCCUCCACGCUCCUGACCUGAGACCUGUCUCGUGCGGUUUGGGGUAGGGAGAGAGACCCCCUCCCACCCCCGCAAAAGAACUGACUCCUCUGGAGACGAUCUCGCUGCCUGCUGAAUUCCCGACGGAGGCUGGUCCCGGCGUGACGUGGAAAAGCCCCUCCCCCCCACACACACAUACCAGGGGGCUUGGGGCAACGGGGCGUCUCCACGGCCCGGCUGCUCCCCGCCCCCAGCCCCCCCCCCAGCCACCCGGACUCAUAGACUGUGUAAGCCAAAAACGAAAGAAACCAGGCGAUCGCUCUUCAGGUUCCUUUUCUACUUCACCACCACCUGACCUGGCAAAGGAAGAAAGACGCCCCCCCGCCCCCUUGGCUGGGAGUAUUUAACAUAGCAAUAGUUCGUAGUGACCGUGUAUGAGGAUGGCACUGCUGUGUGCUGUCUCUGAGGCAUUAAUGGCCAGUAAAGUGAACUCAACUCCUCGAGAUUCGCGUCGAGCUUCACACCCGGACCCGCUCGCAACGACACUGGGAUGCGCUGUUCCACACACAGCCCUCCCCCCAUCCCCAGCUCGCUGCUUCCCUUCCGGGACCUUUCCAUUCCUGCCCUUCCGGGACCUUUCCAUGCCCCCUCGCCUUUCCUCAUCCUUUCCUUCCGGGACCUUUCCAUGCCUGCCCUUCCGCCCUUACCUUCGGGGGCCUUUCCAUGCGCCACCGUCCCCAUUGCACUUACCUUCUGGAACCUUUCCAUGCGCCCCCGUUCCCAUUGCACUUACGGUCCGGGACCUUUCCAUGCCCCCUCGCCCCUCCUCAUCCUUUCCUUCCGGGACCUUUCCAUGCCUGCCCUUCCGCCUUUACCUUUCGGGGCCUUUCCAUGCACCCCGUCCCCAUUGCACUUACCUUCCAGGACCUUUCCACUCCUGCCCCUCUGCCCCCCUUAUCCUCCUGGACCUUUCCAGGCCUGUUCCCCGCCUCCCUUUACCUUCCGGGACCUUUAUACUACCCUCAACAGGAUCCCCAUCCCUCCCCAACCCUAACUCUCUCCCAACUCCCUCCCCCACAUCAGGCCCUACCAUUGCAGGCCCUUUAGUGGGGGGGGAGUCCCUGUUGUCCUGUCCCCCCCAACCCACUGGAUCAGAUCCUUCUCUGCUGUAGGACUGUCACCCCCCCCACACACAUACAAUUAAUAGGGGUUUGAGAGAGGAUCAGACACCCCCACGGAUCUGGCUACAGGGAUCUGGGCUGGGCUGAGCAUCGCUGUAGCCGGAGGCGGGGUUCUGUGUGGGGGAGCCCCUUCCCUGCCCUGUUCCUCAGCAGGAACACGCACCCCCCACCCCCGUGAGCUAGGCUUGUUCAUGGGAACCUAGCCUGAAUGGGUGUGUGCCCCUCCCUUUGCUGUGAGACCCCCCCCCCCCGGAGUAGGGCUUGUGCUGUUUGUUCUUCCUUCAACCCUCUCCCCCCCUGCCCCAAGCUGCUGGGUUUGCACUUCAUGGAGGAACCUAGCCCAGCUCCCCCCACCCUGCUGUGUGCUCUUCACAGGCAGCACCCAUCCCGCCUCGCAGGGGUAAAGAACGGGCAGGGGGAGCAGGGCAAGACCCGUCCCUCCAAGCCAGAAGCUGUCCCACACUGGGAUGGGGGGGGGUGCCCCAAAGGGGUGGGAGAGCAUAGGCAGCUCUAGGACCUUAGCCCCAGCGUGUCAGCAUCUCCCCCACCCCCCAGAUUCCUGUUGACGGAUCCAGGGAGCCAGAGCUGCGGUUUUGAUCCCCUCUGUCCCAGGACGGGCGACUCAUGCCAGCCCCCUGGCUAUCCCCCCUGCACCCUAAACCUCUGAAUGGCUCUGCUGCCCCCAGCUUGUGGGAGGCCCCACAUCUAUUCAAGCCUCCCCACCCUCGUGCCACUCGCCAGGCCUGGGGGACCUCUUGGGGGAGGGGACGCUUUGGUGAAGGUGCAUUGGGGGGUGGUGGCCGACCUUGCUCCCUGCCAACCUGCUCAGGGCAGGGGAAAGGCCUGGGGUGCCUGGGCCGCGGGGAGCCCAGCCCCCGGGCCACUUGGUCCCAGUGGAGAGUCUCCCUCCACUCCGUGACCUCACCCUCGGCUCGGGUGCCGAGAGCUGGAGGUAAAGGCUUGCUUCCCCUCCACCCACCCCCAGCAGCUGGCUAGGGCAGUUAGGCACCCAGCUUCAAAUGGGGAGGGGGGCACUCAGCUCCCUCCGCAGAUUGGCAGCAGCGCCGGACAAGCUGCUGCAUCCUGGGUCCCCCACCUCCCCAGUAUUGAGGAUAAUGUGUGAUGGUGAAUGCUGGGGGUGGGCCAGGCCUGAUCUAGGCAGGGGAGGCUGAGCUGGGUUAUCGCUAAUCCCACUGCCCGUUGUCUUUGGAAAUAUCCCCCCUCCAUAGCCCCUCAUUAACCCUUUGCUCGUUCACUCUGCAGCCCUUGCUGGUCUCCCCCAGGACUUUCUGGAAAGCGCGGGGUUGGGGGGUGGUCCCUUGCCCUUCCCAUGUAUUAAGCCCUGUCUGGGGAUAGAGCGUCACGGAGGUGGAGCGAUGGUGUGGAAAUCAACCCCCUGGCCGCCCCCCGCUCCUCAAACCACGAUAUUACGGGUACUCGCUUUAGAGCGGCUGGCGGGCAGGCCCCAGCGGAGCCGCUUCACAGUCCAGUCCAGCUGUGCGACAUCUGGGACACACCCACCCACCCCUUCCCCCAGCCCGUCGUCCACUCACCAUGAGCACUGAAAUCAACUAACCUACCUUGGGGGGGUGGGAAGCCCUGAGAUGGAAGCAGCCUCUGUCAUGCAUUCCCCCACCCCCCCCAUCGUCUUUAAAAGUAGCCUUUUUUCUAUCAAAUAACCUCAAAAACUUUUUAUUUUAUUUUUUUGCUUUGAAAUAAGAGGUGGAUUUGAAGCCUAUUUGAACUGACUUUAUAUUAUGCAUAAAUAUUUAUAUUUUAUCUAAAUAACUGCGCUGUAACAAACUUUUUUUUUUAAAUAUUUUGGAUCUGUCAGGUUUUUGUUUUUUUUUUGGUUUGUGUUUUUGUUUUUGUCAUGGAAAAGUUUUAGUCUCUGUAAUGGUGUUGUGGUGUUUUAAAAAGGUUUUUGUUUUGUUUUUUUCCCCUGAUAAAAUGCCCUGAAUUUUAAAUCCCCACCUUCCUUCUUAGCCCCUGCCAUCCCCAUAAAAUUAAUCCAGCCGUGUCUGAAAUCCCACCCAUCUACUCUUCCUUAUUGGGGAUGCACCAGAGUGUAAAAAUCCAUUCUGGACUGAGUAUGAGAGAUGUCAAGAUGCGGAGUAUAUUUUAUUUUUUAACCCUUAAUGAGUUGGCUUUGUAAAUUACAUGGGUGGGGUCUAGAACUGGCCUUCCCCCUCCCCUCCCACCCCGGCUGUCUGAUAAAACAGGAAGACCCAACCACGAUAAAAGAAAGAGAUUCUGAUGUUCCUUGCAAAAGGAACAGGACUGGCUCUUUUUUAUAUAACCAAAUGUGGUGUUUUAGUGACUUUUUGAUAAUGUACAGUUUUUGUGAAUUUAAAUUUAUUUCUUUCUAUAUUUUUAGGACCAAUCUCAUUUUUAAUAAGGUUUAAAGGAAAAAAAAUAUUCUAGAUUAACUCCUGUUUGUUGCCAUGUGAUGUUCCCACAAGUACAGCGGUAGAGAGUGCUUGUCAAGUUGCGAGAAUAAAAACAAACCCACGUUU